AUGGACGAACCACAACCAGAACCGCGACUCACAGCGACAUUUCCAUCUCCCCCACCAUUCUGGAAAGAAUUCACAGAGGAGAAUCUCACUCGCAUAUCCGAAUUACGCGUCGCACAAUCGGGGGAAGCAUCAAAGAAAGCAGAUCCAGCGGCUUCGUUACCAGCACGAAUCCUAGACCUUCCACCGGAGCUGCGGUAUCUGCAACCACCAGAAGAGCCGGCAGAUGGGAUUUAUAGGUCCUUUGGAGAUUUGUAUAAUCUCAAAAACCCACUCCCCUCCCUCGAAGAAAUGGGUAUCGAAAACCUCUACACGCCCCCUAGCACGCCCUCGCAUAGCGGGAAAUACAGCGAUCGCGCACUCGUCCUAAAACGGAUCGCGAAAUCCCUCUUACUAAACUUCCUAGAACUCCUAGGGAUCUUAAGCCAUAACCCAGAACAAUAUGAUGAGAAAAUCAAGGAUCUAAGAACGUUGUUUAUCAAUUUCCAUCAUAUUAUUAAUGGGUAUCGACCGCAUCAGGCGCGGGAGUCGUUGAUUCUGAUGAUGGAGGAGCAGUUGGAGCGGUCGAGGGCUGAGACUAGGGGGAUUAGGGAAGGGAAGGAGAAGGUGGAGGUUAUUUUGGAGGGGUUGGGGAAGGUGAAGAUGGGUGAGGAGGUUGUGGAGGGUGGGGAGGAGGUAAGGGAGGAGGGGUGGGAUGUUUGGGAGGAGUUGGAUAGGGAGUUUGCUUAG